GCUAACUACUUUAGGAUACUAGUAAACAAAGUGCACGCCAUAGAUAUCCAGCCCUAGGCCCCGCUUCCAACCGAAAAUGUUGCCUUGCGCGACAGCGCCUGGUCAAGUCCGAACCCACACGCGAUGUACCCCUUUCCAUCCAACUCCAUGGAGACCACCUAUGCUUCACGGCUUGAAAACGUCCCCUCGACAUGGCCGGGGUUACACAUGCAUCGCCAAGCUCUCGGAGGACACAGCUAUGGUGCAAGCGUUUGCGGAAGAUGGUUUCCUGGAGCCGCAAGAACAGCUGGCCCUCAGCCAAACGCAACGCCCUGCUUCCGGCCGCCAAGCCGAGAUCCCAAUGCGCGCAGAAGGCUCCGAGCCGGAUGGCGCUGACGGCCGGGAGCGUGUGUUCCUGGUGGGGGCCGCGAUCAAGCGGGCGGACCGGGCGGGGGCAGGAGCGGCGGCAGGGGGAGGAGGCGGGUCGGGUGUACGGCAGCAGCAGCAGCGGCAACAACAACAACACCAUGUGUACGACGUGUAUGAGAGUUUGGAGGAGCUGGGGAGGCUGGCGGAUACGGCGGGACUGCGGGUGAUGGGCUCCACAGUUCAGCUGCUGGAGUCCCCCAACAUGGCCACCUACAUCGGCAGCGGCAAGGUGGCCGAGGUGGCUCGUGCGGUCGCCGCGCUGGACGUGGAUACCGUCAUAUUCGACGACGAGCUCUCCCCCGCCCAGCUCCGGAACCUGGAGAAGCAGCUCAGCGGGGCAGGAGGGCCCGAUGGAGCCACGCCAGCACGUGCCGUACGCGUGUGUGACCGUACGGCACUCAUCCUGGACAUCUUCUCGCAGCGCGCUCGGACGCGGGAGGGGCAGCUGCAGGUUGAGCUGGCGCAGGUUGAGUACCAGCUGCCCCGCCUGACACGCAUGUGGAGCCACCUGGACCGGGUGGGCGGCGGGGGGCAGGUGAAGGGGGCGGGCGAGAAGCAGCUGGAGCUGGACAAGCGACUGCUGCGGGAGCGGGCGGCGGGGCUGCGGCGGGAGCUGGAGGCGGUGCGGACUCACCGGCGGCAGUACCGGGAGCGGAGGGCGGAGGUGCCGGUGCCGGUGGUGGGGAUAUGCGGGUACACGAAUGCGGGCAAGAGCACGCUGCUGAACACGCUGACGCAGGCGGGGGUGCUGGCGGAGGACCAGCUGUUCGCCACACUGGACCCCACCACCCGCCGGCUGAGGCUCAAGGGGAACAGGGAGAUCCUACUAUCCGACACGGUGGGUUUCAUCCAGAAGCUGCCCACGGAGCUGGUGGCGGCGUUCAGGGCCACCCUGGAGGAGAUCCGCGAGUCCAGCCUGCUGCUGCACGUGGUGGAUAUCAGCCACCCCGCGGCGGCCGCACAGAGCCAGGCGGUGAUGGGCGUGCUGCGGGAGCUGGGGAUCCGGCGCCUGGCCUCCCGCCGCACCCGCACCGUCUGCAUCUCCGGCGCCACCGGCGAGGGACUGCCGGCGCUGCUGGACCUCAUCGCGUCCGAGUUGGAGGCGGCGCUGGGCAUGCGGGCCGUACGGGCGCUGCUGCCGUACAGCGCGGGGGACCUUCUGAGCGAGCUGCAUGCGGGGG